AUGCGCAAGAUCUGCCACACCUUCGUCUCGAAGGGAGAAGCAGCGGAGGAGAAACGCUUCAUCCUCUGGAACUAUCAACUGGUCUGCACACCGCGGAAGGGCGGGGGGCUGGGUCUGAUUUGCCCUGAGCAGAGGGUCAACAGCAUCUCCAUUCGGAACGUCUGCCGUCUGGUGCUGCGGCCGAGCUCCGUCAAGAAGUGGCUGGCGGAGAGGGCGGCGGAGAUGCCCCUGGGGCUGGACACAAUCUUCGCGCACAAAUCGCUGCUAGACCACUGGGAAAAGGGGAGCGCACGCUGGAAGGAGUUAAUCGUGAAAUUUUGGGAUUCGCCGCUGUACAAGACACGUGCCCCGACGAACCGUUGGGAGGUGGAGCAGGAGCACCUGGCUUUGAACCCGAACAUCCUUUACAGAGGCGCAAGUCCUUUCGGGAACCAGAAAGGAACGGAGGCGCUGCUGGGCUUACGUAUGGGGGACCUGAUCGUCAAGUCACGGGAUGGAACAUGCGAACUCAAAAAGCUGGAGGCACUGGCAAGAGAGCUGGGGAACAAGGAGAAGGCGAAAUGGGCGUUGAGGGCUUUCCAAGCUGCGCCCCCGGGCUGGAGGAAUAUAAUACUCACAAAGCUGACGAGCGAUGAGGUGGUGGCCACGGUGAAGCUACUGCGUUCGCACAACGCCGGGACUGAGAACUUCACUUACUGGAAGGUCGAGGGAGCAAAGGAUGAUAAGGUGGUGGGAAUCCUGUGCGACGUGGGAAGCGGUGGAUAUUUCACGCCCUACGAAGGCAACCUCACGGUGGACUUUGGGCUGCGCAGCGGGGUGCCGAUGUACACGGAGGGCCAUAAUUUUCUGGGGCCCAUGGGUGACGUACGAACGAAGCUGCUGCUAUCGCAAGCAUGUAAAGGGGGAGAAUUAAUCUCGCUGCGACGGAUAAGGAUGGUGCUGGCGAGCGCAGCUGUACCACAUGAGGAUCAGAGGAGGUGGGAAGGGCAAAGGAGGGAAAUUGAGUGGGACAGAGUCAUAGGGCAGAGUGACUCCCUUGCCACCCCACGACGGGCACGUGAGAUCCUGCUACGGCUCCACUGUAGAAAUCUGCAAGUGGGCUCGAGGCUUUUCUUCAUGGGGGUGGUCUGCCCGCACUGCCGAGGGGAAGAAACCCCGGACCACUGCCUUCUCAGGUGCCCUGCAGUACAGGGGGUGACGGACGUACUCAGACGAGGGUUGGAGGUGAUGCACCCGAACCUAGCGUGGCUGGAUCUUGAAGACCUGCUUUUCGCGCAGAGAAACACGUUGUCGAGUUUUCCGGAAGGGACGUGGAUCGCAAUCUUCCUGCACCAGAAGUCGGUAGGGGGGCAGACGUUGUGUACGUCUCUUCUCACACAAGCUCCCUCUCUCCUUGCACAUGAUCCCCCUUCUCUCUUCAUAGACCAUCCCCCUUCCCUCCUCUCACCUCCUCUCACAACCCCCUUUCUCUCUCACAUGACCACCUCCUCUCAGAACCCCCUUUCUCUCUCACAUGACCACCUCACUCUCCUCUCAGAACCCCCUUUCUCUCUCACAUGA